GGCGCAACUUUUUUUUGGACCUCCCCGCGUUACUAAUUUCAGACCCGCCCGAUAACAGAUUUCCGCAACCCAUUAGGGCUCUACCUUCACCUUUUUAUCUUCAACGACUUUUCCCCAAUUCUAUUCCAUCUUCUUCUUGACCUCGAUUUCUCAUCGGAAACUUCAAAUCAAUCUCCGAUUCAUCUAAUUCGUUCUCCCCCCUUUCUAUUGAUACCUCUUUCGGCUAUAUCCAUUAGCUAGACAAUGCAGUUAUACAUGAUUCAAAAAUUAUUCGGCUGAGAUUGUAGAGCUGUGGACUGUAGUGCUCGUCUUUACAGUUUUUGUGUGUUUGAUUCACUAAUUAUGGUGCAAAAAAGACCUUUUGGUGAAGAGGAUCUGUAUGAGGUUUCAUCUAAACAACCAAGGCAUGAACCCAGUUGUCAGCUAGAUUCGGUUUUGGAACUUUCUCGUGAAUCAGUAGCUGUGGAUGCUUAUGCUUCAGGUGGUGAUGAGGACAACUCUUCGAAAAUCUUCCCUGAUGCAAACAAGAAAUUUGAUAGUCACGUUGUGGCUGAAGUUCUUUUUUCUUCUGAGAAGGAAACUGAGAUGGGCACUCAUGGAUCUGCUUCAAACUCUUCCUGGCCCACCAGUAGCACCAGUGAGGAAGACAACAGGCCUGAGGCUCCUUUUCACAGAUUGACGUCUCCUGAAUAUUACUAUUUUGAUCAUUUGUUCAGAGCUGCUGCUCAUCACAGGGAGAUAUAUUCCUCUCUUUCGAGUAAUCCUCAAAAGAUGGUUCCUAUUGGACCAGAUUUCCAGGCAGAGUUACCAGAAUGGACACCAUAUAGUAAUAAGGAUAAACCGUGCAUAGAAGGUAUACAUGAAACUGUGAGUUCUCCAUCUCAAGCCAAUGAAAAUAAACUUGCUGGAAGGACUAUCAUUCCGAUGCCUAAAAUGGAGCUACUUGCAGACCAGGUCGAGAAUAUUGGAGAGAGAAGAGUUGAAUGUUCUUGUGAAGAUAAAGAUUCCAUAAGAUGUGUUCAACUAGAUGUCAUCGAAGCAAGGGAAAAACUAAAGCUAGCCCUUGGCGAGGAGACAUUUGUUAGGUUGGGGUUUUGUGACAUGGGAGAGGUAGUGGCAGAAAAAUGGAGUGAAGAGGAAGAGGAACUAUUUCAUGAGGUUGUAUUGUCCAAUCCUGCCUCGUUAGGCAAUAAUUUUUGGAACCAUCUUGCAGUUGAGUUUCCUUCACGGCGUAGGGAAGAACUUGUCAGCUAUUAUUUUAAUGUCUUUAUUUUGCGAAAACGUGCCGAGCAGAACAGAUUUGAUCCACUGAACAUAGACAGUGAUAAUGAUGAGUGGCAUGACGCAGUUGAUGAUGCUGACGAGGCAGCUAAAAUGACAGAUGAAGAUGAGGACUCUGUGGUUGAAUCUCCAGCACAUCAUAAUGGUCUCAGCUACAAUAUGAUCCAUGAGGAGCGCGAUAGACGAACAUAUGAUGAGGAUGCGCAUGAAGCAAUAUGUGAAGAUUAUAAGCCUGUAAAUUUCGGUAGCAGGAAGGUCUUCACUGAUGUGCAGGAAUCAUGUCCUAGUAAGUUUUUUGAUAGUAACAACAGUUUUAAAGUUGGCAUGCAGCCUCAAGACCAAGGACUAUCAAGUAAAGUGGUUGAGUCCUGUACAACUGAUGCAGCUGGGGUUACUUCAGAAUCAUCACUAGGGAAGACUAACAAUGAUAACCAUUGGGCAAGUGAUAUUGCUGGAAUGGGCAGUGGCACCAAGCAUGAUAGUCUGUUGGAGUCGUGUAAUGGCAAAGAGUGGGAUGGUGGGUACUUGAACUGUGCCAGAAAUGAAGUUGGUUUGGUUCCAACACCCACUAUGAUUGAAGAAGUCUUUGGUGAUGGAGCCUGGAUAUAUAAGAGCCGAGAUGGUUAGAGGUUAUGCUUUAGUCUAACUCUAGUUUCUCUUUCAACAAAAAAAAAAAAGGGAAUGUGAUUCUUUUAUUCAAGGGUUUAGCUAAGUUUUGACACAUUUUACGUUCAUGCCGCAGUAGCUGGGCUGUGUGGUGGAAUCAUCUGGUAAUGUUUCAUUAGCACGUUCCAGUUUUCCUUGUAUAGUCAUAGUAGUGGGAGUAUUUUUUUUUAACCCAAGAUGUAAGAAAUUGCAUUGCAAUGGUGGUGUUACAUAAGCUGAUGGAUGCUAAACUUUUGGAGCUGUACAGUAGCCACUAUUUUGUUGUCUUAGCACCAGAUUCCUAGGAAGCUUUUGACUGACUGGUUUCUUAAAAUAAUAUUUGUAAAGUUUAAGCUAUAUGGUCAAUUGAUCCAUAUUUCAAAAAAGGAGGAUAAAGAUCCGUUUAAAUUAUUGAAGUUUAGUUUUGUACAGAA